AUGUCGCAAACGAGCUUCAAAUCUGAUUCAGGUAAUCUCACCAUGACGGGUAUCACAGAUUUCCAACGAAAAGUCUACACUCUUCUCCUCCAGAUCCCUGCAGGGAAAGUCUCCUCUUACGCCUCUCUUGCCAAAGCUCUCUCAACUGCUCCUCGGGCAGUUGGAGGAGCUUUGAGACGAAAUCCUUAUGCUCCGCAGGUCCCAUGUCAUCGAAUUAUCUGUGCUGAUGGGGCAAUUGGGGGAUUCAAGGGCGAAGCGCAGAACGCCCCGUCUGGUAUUAAUCAAAAUGAAAAGUUGGGAUUGUUGAAGAGUGAGGGAGUUGAGUUUGAUGAGAAUGGUCAAUUAAAAGAUGAAGACAGGUGGUGGGACGAGUUCCGUGUUUGA